AUGUCCCCUACAACCACGCUCAGCGUCUACACUUCUCUUGACGCAGAGAAGGCUGCGCAGAGCGGCGCCUUUCUCACAGCCUGGCCUGCUGAUGAAACCGUUAUUUCGCUGCCUUCACUGAAGGACCUUUCUCUGGAGACGGGAUACCGAAAACCUUCCAUGGAGGUGCAUCUCAGAAUUCGUCGAUCGAAAGCCUUCCGCAAUCUAUAA